UUCAAUACUAUAUUAACUGUUGUCAGUUUAUAAAAUGAUUUAAUAUCUCAUAAAUAUCUUUCUUUUUAAGCAUUUUAAUUAAGGAUUGAAGGCAGUGUUCUGUGUCAGGAUUGAGGAAAGUACAUACAAAAGAAUGAAAUCCUGUCAUUCGUGACAACCUGAGUGAGCCUGGAGGACGCUGUGUUAACCAAAAUAAGUCAGGCACAGAAAGAUAAAUACCGCAUGAUCUCACUCCUCUGUGGGAGCUAAAACAAAAUCAAGUUCAUGGAAGAAGAGAGUAGAGCUGUGUGUUAGAGGACAGGACAGAUGGGAGGAGAGGCUGGUGGGGGUGGUGGACACAAAAGCACAGCUGGAUAAACGGAAGGAGUUCUGUUGUUCUGCCUCAUUAGAGGGCAAAUAUGGGUAACUGUAAUUUAUUACAUAUUUUCCAAAAACAGAAGAGGGGAUUUUGAAUGUUCACAACUCAAGGAAAUGAGAAAUGCCUUAGGUGGUGGAUAUGCCAGUUACCCUGAUUUGCUCAUUACGCUGUAUACAAGUAUUGAAGUAUCACUCUGCAUAUCUCAUAAAUCUGUAUAAUUAUUAUUUGUCCACUUAAAGGAAAAAAAGAAGGAUUGAGCGGUGUGAAGAAGUGUCUUUGAAUGGAGGGAGACAUUUAUUUCUAUUUUAUUUUUUUUUGAGAUGGAGUCCUGUUCUAUCACUCAGGCUGGAGUGCAGUGGUGCAAUCUUGGCUCACUGCAACCUCCGACUCCCGGGUUCAAGCAAUUCUCUUGCCUCAGCCUCUUGAGUAGCUGGGAUUAUAGGCGUGUGCCACCAUGCCCAACUGAUUGUUUUUUGUAUUUUUAGUAGAGACAGGGGUUUCACCACAUUUGUUAGGCUGAUCUCGAACUCCUGAUCUCAGGUGAUCCACCUGCCUUGGCCUCCCAAAGUGCUGGGAGUAUAGGCGUGAACCAUCAGCGCAGCCCAUUUUGGGAAACACUUUAAGAUGACCUUGUAAAGCUAAGCAGUUGUUGUUUUUGUGGGCAGGCCAGAGAGAGCUUUCCUGGGGAGCCCCCAGGCAUUGGCUGUUCCUCCCCGAACUGCUUUAUCCCUCAGGUGGAAGUUUGGUGGUGCUUUUGUGUAGGGCUGACGGAGGCCCCCUGAGAGGUCUUAAAGUUUUGUGGUGGCUUCUCUCCCUUUCCCUUAUCUCUGCUUUGCACAAAUUGGAAUAUUUAAUUUGAAAUUUUAUCACAUUAGCUACAGGGAAAGUCUUGUAUUGCAAAUGCUGGGCAGCCACCCGCCCACUGUCAACAGCAUUAUGAGAUGGGCCCCUGCGAAUGCCCUUCCACCUUAGAGGGGCAGUCCUGAGGUCUGGAUUCAGACUUUCUGUCCCAGCGCUGUGACUCCCGGUACCUUAGUUACUCUCUUUGUGCCUCCAUUUGUACAUUGCCUCACAGGCUUGAUAGUAUAAGUAAGUAGUUCUCAAAGUGCCCCUAAGACCCUUUCAGGGGUCUGUGAAGUCAAACUAUUUUCAUAAUAAAUUUAAGACAGUAUUUGUUCUUUUCCUUCUCAUUUUCCCCAAAAAUAUAUGAAGCAGGAGUGGCCGAAACAGACCUCUUACACACGGAUCUGGGAAGGAAGGGGUGAUUUAUUCGGCUGCAGCAAGGUGGCAUACUUGCCUGAUAGCCACGCUGGUCCAACAAAGGGAACCUCUGCCUUUAUACAGGCUCACAGCUCUAGAUAUUACAUGUGAAAGGGUCUUGGGUUUACAGUUUUAGAAAGUACGUAUGCGGGGUCAGGAUGGAUGGAGUAAGCGCGGGGGUUUGAGCAGGACUGAAUGGGAACAAUAGAGGGCGUUCCUCCGUACCGCCCACCCUUAGCAUUGCCUGAGAUCUUAAGGGUUGGGGGGGUUUAAUCUUUAACCCACAGGCCACUGACCUCCUGCCUGCUGUGUCUCAGCUUUUACUUCCUCCUCCUUUGAGACGAGAGACAGGAAACGGGUUUCUUUGCUCAUGUGCACUGCAGUUUUUCUGAGGCGACAUGACGUGCAGUUUUGCAGCAGACUGAAUGCAGAACUAGAGAUGAGAAGCCAGCUAUGACAUAUUUACAUUAGAGAUUGGAACAAUUAUCAGGUCAUUGGGAUGCUGCCCUAGUGAAGGAGAGCUGCAUGAUCUGAUUGCAGAGCUGGGUGUGGAGAGCUGGCUAGCAAGUCAUUCCAUGGAUUUAACAAACCCGGGUCUGCAGUUACCUAAUCUAGUCAACCCCGGCCUGUAGAAGACACCAGUGCCUUUCUCACCAGCCUGAUGCCCUUGGUGAGCAGCGCGGCUGAGCCCUCCCAUGGAACAGAAUCCUCCGGUCUCCAUUCCGGGUUCUGAAGGCACUCCUCGUCUUCAUGUUCCUGGUAAUGCUGUUGAGAUAGUGCAGAUCCAUUCUGAUUCCCAAUCCUUUAUAGAGGAAGAAGAACCCACUGGAUACAUUCGAUUUGAAAAAUUUCUUCCGGUGAUGACAGAAAUACUACUAGAAAGAAGAUACAGACCCAUUCCAGAAGAUGUCCUUCUUCGAGCCUUUGAGGUUUUAGAUACAGCUAACCGUGGAUUUCUUACUAAGGACGAAUUGAUCAAGUACAUGACUGAAGAAGGUGAGCCUUUUUCUCAAGAGGAAAUGGAAGAAAUGUUGUCUGCUGCAAUUGACCCAGAAUCAAAUUCAAUUAAUUACAAGGACUAUAUAUCAAUGAUGGUGAUAGAUGAAAAUUAAAUGUUCUAAAGAUAAUUUCUAAGUACAAGGACAAUUGUAGAAAUUGCUUGUCCUUGUUAAUUUCACAUCUUCUCUCACGAUUCCUGUAUGUGAUAUUUAAUACCUUGUGACAUAAGUAUUUUAAGAUACUUUGUUUUUAAAAAUGACCAUAACACUUUAAAACAAAUUUAUUAUGUCUAGCCUUACAGAAUGAUAUGUUCCUAUUUAUUUAAAACCAAUUCUGUCCAGGCACGGUGGCUCACACCUGUAAUUCCAGCAUUUUGGGAGGCUGAGGCGGGCGGAUCAUAAGGUCAGGAGUUCGAGACCAGCCUGGCCCACGUGGUAAACGCCAUCUCUACUAAAAAAAACAAUAAAAAAUUAGCCAGGCGUGGUGGCAAGUGCCUGUAGUCCCAGCUACUCAGGAGGCUGAGGCAGAAGAAUCACUCAAACCCAGGAGGCAGAGGUUGCAGUGAGCCGAGAUCUUGCCACUUCAUUCCAGCCUGGGUGACAGAGUGAGACUCAAAAAAAAAAUAUUAAAACAUUUUAACAUUAGAA